UUUAUUUUGAAAGAGCGCCUCCUUGCCGUUUCCGGGUGGGAGGGUAGCGCAGUCAGCUGAAUCAUGCUCGGAAAUAUUGAUAACAAGCUUCUGUUCUAAGACUUUUUCUGGUGUAAAAAUCCGCUCGGUGUAUCUUCCUUCCACUAGCAAUAUGGUGCCUACAGACUUUAAAGCCGUGAUCAGGCGAUUCUACGCCCUCCAAACAGAGCGAAUAGAGGCGUACAGGCUCUUUGAGGAGGGCCAUGAGGCGUACUUGCGGACCGGGCCCCAGUACGACUUCGACCACUACAGGCAGCUGGUCCACGAGAUCACGCAGGCCUUCCUGGGCAUCUCCUCGGAGGUGCUGCGCAUCAAGGAGCAGCUCCAGGGGGAGCUGCGGCGGCCGGACCUCGCGGAGCACAUCGACGCGCUGCAGCACAAGGAGAAGCAGAAGCUGGACCUGACAGCCAUGCUGCAGAUGGCCAGACAGAGGGCCCAGGAUCACCCAGAAGAGGAGGGCUGUCAUGAGAAGAUUCAGGAGAUCAAGCAGGACAUCAUAAAGACCCAGGGUGCUCUGGCGGAGAUCAUGCAGGACUUCAAGUACGACUCGGAAGAGUGUGAUUGACAGCUCCCUCUCUCCACUGGUGCAUCCCCAGGAUGUUAAAACAAAAGGGGGGUGGAGCUAAAGUGAUGGAGCGGCGGAUGGACUCCUCGCUCCGCCCCCGCUGCCACCUCCCUGGUGUCCCACGCGGCCUGAAUCCAUCCCCCUGGCCCCGCCUCCAUCCCCUGGCCCCGCCUCUCUACUGCUGCUCUCUCUCUCUCUCCUUCUCUCUCUCUCUCUCUCUCUCUCUCUCUCUCUCUCUCUCUCUCUCUCUCUCUCUCUCUCUCUCUCUCUCUCUCUCUCUCUCUCUCUCUCUCUCUCUCUCUCUCUCUCUCUCUCUCUCUCUCUCUCUCUCUCUCUCUCUCUCUCUCUCUCAUGUAAAUAUGUUUUCUUAGCGAUACACAAAGCUUGUUCAAGCUGUUUUUUUAUAGACACAGAUGUUGACCUUAGUUAUUCAAAUUAAAGCAAUAACAUUC